UUGGCUUGGUUGGCGCCCCGCCGCCGCGCCCCGCCCGGGUCCGCCCUCGGGGCGCUGCUCGGCAUGCCGCGCAUGCGCCGCACUGAGGGGCGGCCGUUGGGGCCCUCAGUAGGGGGGUGGCUCGUCAGCUGUAUCUUGGCUCCCUGCUGAGGGCCACACUAAAAGAUGGCAGAGAUGGUAGGAUGAGCAGAAGGGUGUGGAGACUGCAGUGUCAUCAGAUUUGUGGAAGUCCAAAGUACCAUUUUGAGUUUGUCACAGGGGGAGGAGGUUAAAAUCAAAGCCAGUGGAAAGAACUUCCUAGCUUCUUGUAGCUUGAUGGUGGUCAACUUAACUCCUAAAAGGGUGAGCUGCGGAAAGCCUACCUGUUCUUCAGCAUGCAGCAGAGUAACUAGAAACAAUGGAGCAAGGAAGAAACUGAAAAAUGCAAUCCCAGUUCUGCGCUAACAGCGGAGAUAUUCGUGAAACUAAAUACUUAUUCUGGAGUGCAGUUCAGAAGUCCCUUGAAGAGCAGUAUUUUAUGAGGUACUGGGUAGAUUCUGAAUUUGCAGCUGUUUGGAGUCUGGCCUCAUCAGUCACAGCACAGUCACAACACAGAAGUCCCUGUGACAAAGGUGAGAAGAUGCUAAAGAUGUGGUAUUCUUUGCUGCUGUGUUUGCUGUUUUUACAACUGGAAGCUAAUCCUGGUCUUAAAGUGAGGAUUACUCAGAAAGGGCUGGACUAUGGCAGGAAGAUUGGGAUGGAGCUCCUGAAGCAAGCAGUACUGAAAGAGACCUUCCCAGGCUGGAGUGGGCAGGAGAGUUUCUUAGCUAUGAAGAUCAACUAUAUGAUUUCAAAACUCAGAAUUGGUGCUGUAGAUUUCCCAGAAACUGCUGCUUCCUUUAUUCCUGGGAUUGGCAUUAGUCUAUCCAUGGCACAUGCUUCUGCUACAAUCAGUGCAGACUGGAGAAUGGAAACGUGGCUGCUCAAAGACCAAGGAAGAAUUACAGUGUCCAUCUCAGGACUGUUUAUUGCAAUUAUCUUCAAAGUAUCACGGGACAGCACAGGCCACUUGUCCAUAUUGCUACACAACUGCCAGCUGAGCAUUAGUAGGGUAAAAGUCAAGUUAAAUGGAGGAUCUAGCUGGAUAGCCAGCUUCCUGUCUGGUUAUCUCGAGAAGCCCAUUCAAAACAAAUUGGAUGAAAAUCUAUGCCUAAACAUCAAAUACAAAAUACAAAUGAUGGAUGCACAGCUUAGAAAACAUAAGGUCUUAAGCCAGAUAGAUGCCUUUGCACAAAUAGACUAUUCCCUAGUUAGUUCUCCAGCAGUCUUGAAAUCCCACAUUAACUUGGAUUUGAAGGGCACAGUUUAUCCAGUAGGAAAUCACACAGACCCUCCCUUUGUGCCAGCUCCAUUUGGUCUCUCAAAUCGUGGUGAUUCCAUGCUCUGCCUGGGAGUCUCCAAUUAUUUUCUUAAGUCUGCUUCACUGGCUUACUACAGAGCAGGGGCCUUUAACAUCACCAUUUCCAAAGAGCUUGCUGCUACAUUUAACCUAAAUACAGCCAUACUUAAAGAUUUUGUUCCUGAGAUUACUCUGCAUUAUGUAACAGCAUGCCCAGUGCUUCUGAAACUGAUGGCUACAUCACCAGCUGUGGUCAGUUUGCAGGCAGACAGAUGCAGCCUACAGAUCUCUGGCUGUGUAGAAGUGUUUGCUGUUCUGCCAAAUUCAACUUCCCAGCACAUCUUUACAGGGAAUCUAACAGCAAGUACCAGAGCUGAUCUGACAAUAACCAAACAGAAGCUGAUAAUCUCAUUACUUCUGAAGAGGCUCCAGUUCUCCCUGCUGAACACUACUGUUGGCUUCUCUGAGGUCUCACUGGUAAAGAAUUUUCUGUCUUACGCUUUACGGAAUGUAGUGAUCCCAGUAAUCAAUGAUAAACUAGGAAAAGGAUUUCCUAUUCCUAACUUCGCCCACACUACCCUGAUUGGACCUGUAAUAAAAAUGAAUCAGGGUCAUCUGUUGAUUUUCACUGAUGUUCACUACAAACAUGAGGAAGGGGAAGAUGAGGACCUUCACAGUCAAUCCUAAUGUCCCUUUACUUUCAAACAACAAUAGAGAAAAAUGAAGUCUUCCUUCUGUAGGCUUGUAUGGAGUAGUUGCUAUAAGAUUAGAAGCAUGGCUCUUGGUCACUAUUUUUGAUGUUUUGUUACUUUUCAUGAACUGAAUCUGUUGGUUUUUAGUAUAGCAGGUGUAGCUGACUGUUAUUGAUAUUUUAGAAAACUUGUUGCAGUAUGAUGGAAAGGAGUGACUGGUUCUUUUUACUAGUGCUAUAAACACCAAUGUUUAUUAAUUUCAGAUACCAGUUGUCGCAUUGUUCAACUUAUCUCCAUUAGUGUUAGCAAAACUUUAUAUAGAGUGAGACCUUAUUCUUUGUAAUAUUUUCACAAUGCAUCCCUUUGUAACUGUAUUCCAUGAGUGGGAACAGAUUAUGAAAUCCAGUGAAUUAUCAUAGAACUACAGAAUCAUAAUUUAUGUUGAAGGUAACCUCCAGAUCUAGUCCAGAGACCAGCUAAGAAUAGGACUAGGUAGAUCAAGUUGCUGAGGGCUAUUUCCAGGUGAGUCUUAAAUACCUCUAAGGACAGAGAUUCCACAACCUCUCUGGGCAACCUGCUUUGCUAUUUAACCCACCUCAGAGUAAAUUUUUUCCUGAUAUCUAAUCAGAAUUCCCAUGUUCCAAUUUAGCUUCAUUGCCUUUUGUCCCACCACCAUGCACUUUCAAGAAGAGUCUGUCUCCGUCUUCUCUGUAUCCUCACAUCAGGAAAUUGUAGACAACAAAAAGGUCAUGCAGGCCUUCUCCCCAAGCUGAACAGACUCGGUCUUUCAGACUCUCCUAGUAGGUCAUGUUCUCCAGCCCCCUAACCGUUUUCGUGACACCUGGUGGACUUGAUCCAGGAUGUCAAUAUCCUUCUUGUACUGGGGAGCCCAAAGUGGACACAGUACUUCAAACACAGUCUUGCAAGUGCCAAAUAGAGAGUAAGGAUCACUUACCUGGAUCCUGCAGCUUUAUGUUCUUGUUGUCCACUAAGACUCUGAGAUCCUUUUCUGCAGAGCUGCUUUCUGAACAGCCCCAAGCCUCUACUGAUGCAGGGCAUUACUCCCUUUACUCCCUCACAGAUUCAAGACUUCAUGCUUGCUCUUGUUGAACUUUAUGUGGUUCCUGUCAGCCUGCUUCUACAGCUCAUCCAGCUUCCUCUGAAUUGCAGCCCUGCUCUCCAGCUUAUCAACUGCUCCCCCCAGUUUGGUGUUGAGCACAAACUUCCCAAGAACACACUCUGUCCCCUCAUCUGGGUCAUCAGUGAAGGCACUGGUCACAGUACUGAUUCCUGUGGGACAUCCAGUGGUUGCCAGUCAAUAUUUGGACUUUGCUGAUCACAACUCUUUGAUUCUGGCAGUGCAGACAGUUUUCAACCUACCUUCUCUAGCCUGUAUGUCAACAGUUUGGUGAUGAGACUAAUUGAUACUGUUUGAAAGGCCUUAAUGAAAUCAAAGUAGACAACAUCCACUGCCCUCCCCUCAUCCACAGAACCACUCAGCUCAUCUCAGGAAGUAGCGAGGUUGGUCCGACAUGAUCAGCCCCGACAGGGAAUACCUGUGCAGGCUGUUUCCAGUUACCUUCAUGUGCUUUAGAAAUGGCUUCUAAGAUAUUUUGCUCCAUGUCCUUUUCAGGGACUGAGGUGAGACUGACUGUCCUGUAUUUCCCUGAAACAUCCUUCUUGCCCUUCAUGAAGACAAGUGUGAUGUCUGCCUUUUUUCAGUCAUGAGGAACUUCUGACUGCCAUGACUUUUCAAAGGUGAUAGAGAGCAGCUUCUUGCUGACAGCAGCUGUGCAGCACCUUUGGAUGCAUCCUGUCAGGUCCCAUGGAUUUGUGUAUGGGACAACAUAAAUUCUGUCUUCCUCUACUGCAGAUAAUACCUCACUCCCACAGACUCUGCAAGGAGCCCAGGGACCUGGGAGUCCUCACAACAGAUCUCGCUAAUGAAAAUGGCUUUCUCUACAUCUCUUGUCACCAGUCACUUGGCCCCCUGAGCAAUGGGCCCACACUCAUCUUAGCCUUCCUUUUGUUGUUGAUGUAUUUACAGAAACGUUUUUUGUUGCCCUUCACCUCUCACACUUGUUUCAGCUCCAAAUGAGCUUUGGCUUUCCUGACUUCAUUCCUACAUGUGCAAGGAAUGUCUUUGUGUUCAUUCCAAGUAGCUGAUCCCAGUUUCCAUCUUCUGUAUGCUUCCUUUUUGUAUUUGAGUUCACUCAAGAGCUCCAUGUUCAUCCACUCUGGCCUUCUGCCACACUUGCUUAACUGUCUGAACAUUGCAAUGGAGUGUUCUUGUGCUCUGAGGAGGUUGUCCUUGAAGAUUAGCCAGCUCUUCUGGGCCUCUGCUCUCCAGGGCAAUUUCCCACAGAUCCUGCCAAGCAGGCUCCUGAAAUCUGCACAUCUGAAGUCUACAGCUGUAAUUCUGUUCUUUGUCUUGCUUACUCCUCUCAGGAUCUGAAACUCCAGUCUCAUGCUCAUUGCAGCCAAGGCUGUCCUUGAUCUUAACAUCAUCCAGCAGCUCUUCCUUGUUUGUGAGUAGCUGCAGCUCUUUAAGGAUAUCAAUCUCCACAUAAUUCUAUAGCUCUUGUAUUUCCAAAAUGGAGCCGGAAAGUUUAUUUUGUCCUAUGUCAGUGUCACCAUAGACAUGUAACCAGGAGAUAGUAAAGUGCAUGGAAAGAAAAACUAGGCUAUGAAUGUCACACUACAGAAAGUACUGUUCCAGCAUAGGACAGAAAUGUGGCCAAGGGUUGAUUUUUCUCUGUAUCAGUUUAUGUAUCUAGCUGGCUGCUACAGUUUUUUUACUGAAAAAAAAAAAAAAAAAAAAAAGCAUCCUGAAACCUAACAGCAGUAAAUCACUGCAGGACUUCCAGUUCAUUGUAUUCUGUGGUAGGAGAAGACUGACUAUAAAAUAAAUGGAAGAAAAGAACUCAAAAGAAAUCGAGGUUUUAAAAUAGUUUAGUGUCCCUCAUUGCUCCAGACACUUCUUUCUGCCUGUUUGGGGGAGGAUUGAUGAGACAGGGGAAAAAAAGAACUAACGCCCUGGUGCCCAUCUCUUCUCUCUUCCAAUGGGACAUGUUCUCCAGUACAGACUGAGUGCCAUGGCUGGAUGGGCCUUUCCAAACUAGAGCCAUGCCUUAGUGUGAUGCUGCCCCUUAAGCCCUAGGCCCGUGACUGUUGUUCACGAAGUGAUAAAGAAAUUGUUUCUCUGAGGACUAAAGAGGAUGCUGAAUAUACCAACAGUUCUGCCAUAUCAUCCUGUACUUACCUACUGGUCAGUACACCAUUUUUGAUCUGGUCUUAUUUCCCAGUUGACAGAACAAGGGAAAAGAUACAUGUGCCUCAAUGUGCUGCAGACUAGAGAGCAUAGAGAAAGGGGAGAAUUAGGGAGACAGGGAAGAGGGACUGCUGGAGCACCAAGCUAGAGGCAACAACUGGAAUCAUGCAAAGCCAGAGUGAUCUGCAGAGAUGCAGCAACAAGCCUCCAUUGAUUGCCAUGCUGAUAAGCUCAUUGGGUUUCUUGUAUAUUGGGUAAAAAGGAUUGCAAUCUCCAUUAACAUAUAGAUUGAAACAAAUGCUUGAUGGCUCAAUAUGGAAAAUUAAAAUAAAAUAUUUCUCACAGAGCCUCUUUCUAACGCCUUGAAAAGUGAGAAGUUUGGAUUUAGAAACAAUUUGCAGCAUAUUUGAAUAUGUGAUCUGAAUAUAUUUGUGAGCAGAUAUUUGGCUUUUACUGGUAUGUUUGUAGAAAGAAAUGAUGAAACUGUUCUAGACGCCUUAGUUUUUCUUUAUUAACUUUUGCUGAAAGUUUUAUCUGAACCAGGUGGUACUCCAUUAGAAGAACCAUAAAAUGCUAAAAGGAUAUGAAGAGGAUAACCUGAGAUAGUUUUUAGGCAAUACAGUUGUUUGUAAAUGUUGGAGAUCUAUGCGGAUGGAAAUUGUGGAGCUUUUUCUUUGCUCUGAAGGAACUGUGAGACUUGUACAAAAAAGUUAAAGGAGAGGUUUAUGUAAAUGGUGUUGUGAUUUUUAUUCAUCCUCAGUUGCCAGAGGUAUAAAUAAUGAAUGAUUAUGCAUGUACUGCCUGCAGUGAAUGAUGGAACUGUGUAUAGUAUGAGUAUUUGUUGACUGACUGACAAACGUCUCUCCCCUUUUCUAUUCACGAUUGCACAAUGAAGUGACUCAGAUUGUCCAGCAAAGUGCUCCGUGCCUGAGGGAAUUAG